UUCCGAUUUGGGUUCCUUUUUCGAAACCAGAACCGCACGCCCUAAAAACAACGGGUCUCUACUUGUGAGAUUUUCUCGCCGUGGUCGGGUCGGGUCGGUUAGUUUGCAAACAUUCCAUGUUCUUGUCCCAUGUCAGGAAUCCUCUCAGCAUCAAAUUCUCCUGUUCUUACUCUUCUGGCAAAAUGCAAAUCCAUGGUAGAGCUAAAGCAAAUGCAAACGCACGUAAUCACCAAUGGCUUGGCUAGUUUCACCUUUAUAACCAGCAAAAUCUUAGCCUUCUGUGCACUAUCACACAAUGGAGACAUCAAUUAUGCGCAAACCAUUUUCAAUCAAAUUCUAAUACCCAAUGCCUUUAAUUUCAAUACCAUGAUAUUGGGUUUGUCUCAAAACUCACAACGUGAAAAGGGUCUUUCACUUUUUGCACGUAUGCGUAGCAUAGGGAUCAGACCAAAUUCUCAUACUUUUAGAAGUUUGAUUAAAUGCUGCAUUUGCUUGUCUUGGCUUGAUCAAGUUCAUGGUCAAAUAUUGAAAUUCGGACAAAUGUCUGAUGUUUAUGUCAUUAGUUCUCUUAUCAAUAUGUACUCAAAGUGUGAAGCAAUGGAACUUGCUCGUCAGGUUUUUGAUGAAAGUCCUGAUCUAAAUGUGGUUUGCUGGACUAGUCUUGUAACUGGUUACUGUUGUAAUGGACUGAUCAAUGAAGCGCGUAAGAUGUUUGAUAUAAUGCCGGAGAGAAAUGAAAUUUCUUGUAGUGCAAUGAUUUCUGGGUAUGUUUCAAAUGGUCAUUUCAAUGAAGCCGUAGAGUUGUUUCAAGAAUGGAAGAAUUGUAGUAGUUUUAGGUUUAGUGAAUCACUUUUAGUUAGUGUUCUUAAUGCCUGUGCAGCAAUAGGUGCAUUUGAAGAAGGGAAAUGUAUUCAUUCCCAUGUAGAUGGGAAAGGUAUGGAUUAUGAGCUCGAGAUGGGUACUGCAUUGAUAGAUUUUUAUGCAAAGUGUGGUCACAUAAAAGAUGCCGUUGAAAUAUUUAGCAAGAUGCCAUAUAAAGAUGUAACAACUUGGAGUUCUAUGAUCUUGGGUUUGGCUGUCAAUGGAGAGAAUGAAAGAGGGAUUGAACUUUUUGUAGAGAUGGAGAAGAAGGGACCUACACCGAAUGCUGUAACUUUUAUUGCAGUUCUCACUGCUUGUAAUCACAAAAUUCUGUCACAUGAAGCUUGGCGGUUCUUUGGACGUAUGAGUAAAGUUUAUGGCAUUGCGCCCUUGAUUGAGCAUUAUGGAUGCAUGGUUGAUCUUUUGGCACGAGCUGGGCUGAUUAAAGAAGCUGGGAUAUUGAUUAAUAUCAUGCCAAUGAAGCCAGAUGGGGCCAUAUGGAAUUCUUUGCUUAAAGGGUGUAUGAUGCAUGGACAUGUUGAGAUGGGGGAGAAGGUAGGGAGGCUUCUUAUCCAAUUAGAACCACAACAUAGUGGAAGGUAUGUCCUUCUAGCAAACUUGUAUGCCACUAAGGGAAGCUGGGAGGAGGUCAUUAGGUUAAGGAAAAUGAUGAAAGAGAGGGGAGCAGCUACUGUUUCUGCAUGGAGUUUCAUUGCGAUUGAUGGGAUUGUUCAUAAGUUUGUUGCUGAUGAUGAUAAGGUCCAUUCUCAUUUUGGAGGCUUCACCAAAUUUCUGAAUCAACUCAAUAAGCAACUUGAUUAUUAUUAUUCUGCAGCUGAUGAUGCAGGCUGAUAUAAAUAGGUUGUGAAAAGUUAUACUACUGGGAAAUAAUGUUGGACUACAAACAGGGGUCCCAUGUUGGUGCACAUAGGAAGGUGGAGUGAGGUCAUUCUUGUUUAACUUUGCAAGGAUGGGUCUUCAACCACCAAGAACUCCAUUGGAUACCUUUCACUGUUUUGACGGUUUUCUGGCAUGAUUAGAACUUUUAGGUGGCAUUUAGUGGAGAGGGAUGUGAUUACAUUCCCAGGAAUAAGAACCCAGAAGGUUACACCCGUGUAGGUAAAAGAAUGUUUUUCCAUGAAUCAGUUAUUCCCUCCAGCAGUAUGUGAUACCAAACCAUUUAUAUGAGUAUAUUUCAUUCCCAUGGAAUUACAGUAUUAAAAUGGUGAAAUUGUCCAAAUUAAAUAAACCAUCCGUAUCAAAAUUUAAAACUUCUCUUGCUUCUGACUCACAAUCAUCAAUCUGCCUUCUCUGCCUCCUCUACCAACCAAUCAGUGACAGGUACCACCAUCAAUCCUAAGCCAGCAAUCUUCACCACGCUGAGCCAAAGCUAGGGCUUUAAUUGACCUAGAUGAUCAUUUCCAUCACCAAUCCGAUGAUUACAACAACCAGUCUCAAGUAGUUGAUUUUCAAGGUUAAACUCUAGCAUAGAGACCCUUUGAGGAGCUGUUGAUUUAUGAGUUCAGAAGAUCUCAUGAGCUUUAGCAUGGGCCAGGUAAAAGAUCAAAGUUGAAAGCUUCAUAAAAUGUCAGACGAGGAAAAACAUGACCGUGACUCAAGUUGUGUAAUGCCACAUGAUGCCAAAACACGAGUCAUAUUUUGAAGGACACAGACCAGUGUUGGCCCUUGUGCUAGAAUUGGAGUAAGGCACUGAAAGUCACAGGAGCAUCCACACGGCUCGUUUCUUUGGUCAUGUAAUAUUGCAAGAUGAUUUGAUCAUGUAAAUCUGUUGAUCAAAACUAAGAAGUUGAAUUUUGGUCUUUCUUGAUGGCUUUCAAAGAAUACAAGCACACGCAUGCCCCUUAAGAGCACUCGCUAAUUGAAUUCUGCAGUCAGCUCCGGUUUGUGGGUGUUGAUUUUAAUCUUUUUUGGGAGAUCGGAGCUGGAAUAAAAAUACAUGGAAAUGCAUGAGUUCUUCGGAUGCAGAGGGUGACUAUGGCAACAUGAAAUUUGAGCAGGUAAUGCUUGUGUUAGAAAAUAACUCAAUUCAGAAACUCGAAUUUGUUUGCAACUUGGUGAAACUUAAUGCCGCUAAAGUUUCUAUUUUAAUAUUCUUUUAUUUUUA